CGUCAUAUUCAUGCGACACGCCGGGCAGAAAACAGCAAUUGCUGGCUGCUUUUGUACUUUGUUUGCUGCGUCUUGUAUAUUUAUCGAGUGAAUGCGUGACUGGUACCUCUACUGACAAAGAUAGCGGUAGGUUUUUCCUUGUAUAGCUUGAAAUGCACCAAUCCACCCGGUGCUAGUUAAUCCAAGCUGCGUUGACGUGCUCCUACAUGUGUUGCGACAGUGACAGGUUUUACAUUUAGUGCGUUUUCUUGCUCACGGCGGCAUGAGUUACGGCUACGGCGGUGGAGGUGGAAGAAGAAGCAGAAAGGGAGACAGAGGGUCCAGGGAUGGGAGCAGAGAGAGACUGGACAGAGGAGGAGGAGGAGGAGGUGGUGGUGGUGGCGGUGGGAGAGGUUUCAGAGGACACGGUUCCGACUUCGACCAGGACCGAGGAGCAGGAGGAGGUCAGAGGGACCGUCCUCCUCCACACCUGAGGGGCCGGGACAUUGGUUUGUGGUACGCGCGGUAUGGAGCAGUGAGGAGGAAACAAGCGGACCGCAGAUCGCGGGCCAUGGUCCACAUGGACGAAGCCAGAGAGGAACACAUCACCAAGCUCCUCAACUCUGUCCAGAGAGACCCAACAAGAGACAGCAGGGACGCACCGUCCUCAGUGUCUGACGCCUGGCGGACAGCAGCCAGCAGCAGCGGCCACUGUUACUUUGACGGGGAUAUGCCUGAAGAAGAGAAGCAGAAAUUGGAGGAAGAGGAAGACAGUUCUUCGAAACAGAAGAAAACAAGCCGCACAUCUCAACGUGACUCCUCUACAGCAGCUAAAGAUGAACCUCCAGAAAACUGGGACGCAGAUGAUGAGGAUGACGUGGAGAAAGAAAAAACACUGAGCGAACGCAAGGAUCUGGAGUUCUUAUUUCAGGAAGUAGUCAGAGACGCAUCAGUGGAUGAGGACUUGAAAAGAGAUUUGCAAAGCAAAAAAACGGAUCGAAAUUACAAAGAAAUGUUGAAAUUCAGGGAAAAACUACCAUCAUAUGGAAAGAAAGAGGAUCUGGUGCGGCUCAUCAACUCGAACCGCGUCUUGGUGGUUAGCGGGGAGACGGGGUGCGGAAAGACCACUCAGGUCACCCAGUUCAUCCUGGACGACCACAUCAGAAGAGGCCGGGGCUCGACGUGCCGCGUGGUCUGCACGCAGCCCCGCCGCAUCAGCGCCAUCUCCGUAGCAGAGCGUGUAGCUGCAGAGAGAGCAGAAAGUGUAGGAAAUGGAAAUUCCUGUGGUUACCAAAUACGCCUGCAGAGCCGGUUACCACGGAGACAAGGUUCAAUACUGUACUGUACAACAGGAAUUAUUCUUCAGUGGCUCCGCUCUGAUCCGUUGUUAUCCAGUGUCAGUCACCUUGUGCUGGACGAGAUCCACGAAAGAAACCUUCAGUCAGACGUUUUGCUCGUCAUCGUGAAGGAAUUACUCAACCUCCGAGAUGAUCUCAAGGUCAUCCUGAUGAGUGCCACCCUCAACGCAGAAAAGUUCUCUAAAUAUUUUGACAAAUGUCCAAUGAUCCACAUCCCUGGGUUAGCAUUCCCAGUGGAAGAAUUCCUACUUGAAGACAUCAUUGAGAUGACCAGAUAUCGUCCGCAGAAUCAGGAUCGUCGGCCUGCGUGGAAGAGACGCUUUUGGCAGGGCCACCAAUCCAGAUCGGAGAAGGAGGAGAAGGAGGAGGAAUAUAAGGAGAGCUGGCCAUGUUACGCACGAACGCUGCAGGGCAGAUACUCUGACGGCACAAUCGAGGCGGUGGAGAUGUUAGACACUGAUGAGAAGAUUGAUCUGGAGCUGAUCCUGGCGCUGAUCCGGCACAUUGUGCUCAACGAGGGGGAGGGAGCAAUCUUGGUUUUCCUGCCCGGCUGGGACAACAUUAGCAGUCUCAAUGACCUCCUCACGGCGCAGCAAAUGUUCCGAUCAGAUAGGUUCGUCAUCAUCCCUCUGCACUCCCUCAUGCCCACUGUUAAUCAGACGCAGGUUUUCAAAAGACCCCCGCCAGGAGUCAGAAAGAUUGUGAUUGCAACCAAUAUCGCGGAGACCAGCAUCACCAUAGAUGAUGUCGUUUAUGUGAUAGAUGGAGGAAAGAUUAAGGAGACCAACUUCGACACCGACAACAACAUCAGCACCAUGACGGCCGAGUGGGUUAGCUUGGCCAACGCCAAACAGAGGAAAGGACGUGCUGGCAGGGUGCAACCAGGAAAGUGCUAUCAUCUGUACAAUGGGCUUAGGGCCAGCCUGCUGGAAGCCUAUCAAUUACCUGAAAUUAUGAGGACACCGCUGGAGGAGCUCUGCUUGCAGAUAAAGAUUCUGAAGCUCGGCUCCAUUAGUCGAUUUCUGGAGAAGGCCUUGGACCCGCCGAGCGAGAAGGCAGUUAACCUCGCCAUCAAGAGCCUCACAGACCUGAACGCUCUGGACCACGCAGAGAAUCUGACAGCUCUGGGUUUCCACCUGGCACGUCUCCCCGUGGAGCCGCACAUUGGCAAGCUGAUCCUGUUCGGCGCUCUGUUGGGAUGCCUCGACCCCGUACUCACCAUCGCCGCUUCGCUCAGCUUCAAAGACCCUUUCUUCAUACCCCUGGGUAAAGAGAAGAUGGCAGACAUGAGGAGAAGGACUCUGUCCAGAAACUCAAAGAGUGACCACCUCACUAUUGUUUACGCCUUCAAGGGAUGGGAGGAAGCCAAGCAGCGGGGGUCCAGGUAUGAGAGGGAUUACUGCUGGGACAACUUCCUGUCUGCCAACACACUCCAGAUGCUGCACAACAUGAAAGGUCAGUUUGCCGAACAUCUCAUGAGUGCUGGCUUUGUCAGCAGCCGGGAUCCCAAAGACGCCAAAUCCAAUGUCAACUCGGAUAAUGAGAAGUUGAUCAAGGCAGUGAUUGUUGCUGGACUGUACCCUAAGGUGGCCAUGAUCCGACCCUCUUACAGCAAAAAGAGACCUGGGGUAAAGGUGUACACCCAGACCGACGGAAAGGUGUGUAUCCAUCCCAAAUCUGUCAACGCUGAAGAGAGGGAAUUCAACUACACAUGGCUCAUUUACCACCUGAAGAUGAGAACCAGCAGCAUCUUCCUGUACGACUGCACCGAGGUGUCCCCGUUCUCGCUGCUGUUCUUCGGGGGAGACAUCACCAUCCAGAAAGACGAGGGCCAGGAGACCGUCGCGGUCGACCGCUGGAUCGUCUUCAGGUCCCCAGCGCGCAUCGCUCAUCUCGUAAAGAGUUUGAAGAGAGAGCUGGACUCGCUGUUGCAAGACAAAAUCAGUAACCCGGCUCCUGUGGAUUGGGAGAACCGCCAGUCCAAGGACUGCGCUGUCAUCACGGCCAUCAUAGACCUCAUCACUACGCAGGAAAGGCCUGCAGGCGGCAGCAAGGACGACGGCAGGACGUGGGCGUCUGCCCCCAGCGGAAGGCACUCUUACUUUGAUGAUGACGAUGACGACGACGACGAUUAAAAGUGUCUGGGCAUUUGGCUGGCAAUGAAGAGAGGAGGCUUUCGGACUGACUGCACCUUCAGACAUGAGUUUGUUGGAAUAUUUAUGACAGACAGCUGGCCUCCUUGAUGCUUCUGCUUGGUUUAAACUUUAGUGCUCCCUAGAUACUGAAGGCCAAACACGGAAGGCUUAGAGUGCUGAAGAAAUGAAAAUGUUCUUCGGCGGAAUGAAUCGUGCUUGUCUUUCGCUUCUUAAGAUUAUUCAAGGACCAGCCUCUCUGCAUGCAUCCUUUUUUUUUGUUUUAGUUUGUACAUUUUAUGUUUGGGAAAAUUUCACCAUUCGUCCACAUAACUGAUUAUGCAAUAAAGAAGCUACUUAAAAUCA